GCGCAUCGAUCAUUAUAGAAGUUGACACAGAUUCUAUAGUACUCACCCUAAUACAUAUCUCAGAUCUCUCUAGUAAGGCACCAAAAUGUACCUUAAGUCAUCCAUUUUGUUAAUGCUUCUCUUGCUUUCCUUGGCUACAAUCUUGCUCUCUGCGCAAGGUAAAGAAGCCCCCCGUGUCGGAUUCUAUUCGCUUUCAUGUCCUAGAGCAGAGUCCAUUAUCAAACAAACAGUUCAAUCUCACUUCAAAUCAGAUCCUACCAUUGCUCCUGGCAUAUUAAGGAUGCACUUCCAUGACUGCUUUGUUCAAGGCUGCGAUGGUUCUGUUCUUCUCGACGGCCCAAGCACUGAAAAAACUGCUGGCCCUAACCGCGGAUUAAGAGGUUGGGAAGUUAUCGACAAUGCAAAGACAAAGCUUGAAGCCGCAUGCCCUGGGGUUGUUUCCUGUGCAGACAUUCUCGCCCUAGCUGCUCGCGAUUCUGUUGUUUUGACCAAGGGAAUCGAUUGGAAGGUGCCUACUGGAAGAUUAGACGGACGUAUUUCAUUGGCAUCGGAGACUUCAGCUUUGCCUGGCUUUAGAGACUCCAUGAAAGUACAAAAGGACAAGUUCAAAAAUUUGGGUCUCAACACUCAAGAUCUUGUCACUCUUGUUGGUGGACACACCAUUGGCACUACCGCUUGCCAGUUAUUCAGCUACAGACUCUAUAACUUCAACACAACUGGAAAUGGUGAUGCUACAGACCCUACCAUCAGUCCUUCAUUCCUUUCUCAAUUAAAAUCACUUUGCCCAGAAAAUGGCGAUGGAGCCAAGCGUGUUGAUUUAGACACAGGCAGAGAAAACCGAUUUGAUGCGACAUUCUUUACAAACUUGAAGAAUGGGCGUGGUGUACUCGAGUCCGAUCAAAUGUUAUGGACUGAUGCCUCCACAAGAAGCUUUGUCCAACGUUUCUUGGGAGUCAGAGGCUUGCGAGCAUUGAAUUUUAAUGCAGAGUUUGGAAGGUCUAUGGUGAAGAUGAGUAAAAUUGGUUUGAAACCUGCGGCAAAGGGUGAAAUUCGCCGCAUUUGUCCUGCAGUUAACUGAUGAAUUUAGGCGAAAGGAAGUCAGAUUUUAUUCUUUUCUUUUGGCAAAUUCGAUCAAGUGCAUUUUCCGUUAAUUGGUUUCUAAGGAAAAUCGUUCAUUCCUUUGUGUAAGCGAAUUAAUAAAGUCAGUUUUUUGGGGAAUUUGAUUCUACACCCAAAUUGACA